GGCGUCGCCUGACUCAGCUUUAUCCAGAAUUAAAUGCGGGCGGGCGCAGAGCGAAGUCAAAGUUUUCAUGCGUACUGGCAGGCGAAGGCAGCCAGGUGGGCAGAGGUCGCUUCGGAAGGAUGGCGGCCACGGGGGGACAUUCCGAGCCGGAAUAUUCUCCAGCAGUCCACGAGCUCUGCCAGAAUUCUACUGAAACAUUUCUAGAGGCCUCCCGCUUGCUGCUUACCUAUGCGGACAAUAUCAUCCGACACCCAAAUGAAGAAAAGUACCGGUGUAUUAGGAUUGGAAGUAAGGCAUUUUCCACCGGUUUGCUACCUGUCAGAGGGGCUGUUGAAUGUCUAUUUGAAAUGGGUUUUGAAGAGGGGGAAACUGAUCCUGUUUUUCCAAAGGAAGCCUCUAUUGAACAGCUGCGCAAAAUUCGAGACCUAAUUGCUGGGGAAAGAUAUAACCGAUUACAUGGAUCAAAUCAAAAUGAAAGGUCUGGAUCCUCUCAGAGGGUAGCAAACACACCACCCGUGGCAUCUCAACCGUCAAAAACUGUGGGCUUCAAUUUAAACCCAACUCCUCAGGCUGCUGUCAUGACAACUGAAUCACUUUUCCUGAAGACACUUCAAUCAAACUUUAUGCAUAUAAUGAUAUAUGAGAACCCUGCUUUACAAAAGAAAGCAUUGGCCUGUAUACCAAUCCAAGAACUGAGAAAGAAAGCUCGAGAAAAACUCAUACAAGUGAAAGAAGUAGACAGAGGUUCCCUUGUAGAUGAAAAUGAUAUUCUGCUGCUGGAACUACUGAACUGGUUUAAAUGUGAUUUUUUUGAGUGGGUAAAUAACCUUUCAUGUAGCAAGUGUGGGGGCCCAACAGAAUCUAAAGAUAAUUUGUCACCUAACGAUGAUGAUCUGAGAUGGGAUGCAAGUAGGGUAGAAAAUCACUUCUGCGAUCAAUGUCAGUUUAGCAACAGAUUUCCAAGGUACAAUAAUCCUGAGAAACUCUUGGAAACAAGACGCGGGCGCUGUGGAGAAUGGGCCAACUGCUUUACUCUCUGCUGUAGAGCUGUAGGAUUUGAAGCAAGAUAUGUCUGGGAUGCAACAGAUCAUGUCUGGACUGAAGUUUAUUCAUCAUCUCAGCAGAGGUGGCUUCAUUGUGAUCCUUGUGAAAAUGUGUGUGAUAAACCCCUGCUCUAUGAAAUUGGAUGGGGCAAAAACCUUUCCUACAUUAUUGCGUUUUCUAAAGAUGAGGUUGUUGAUGUCACCUGGCGUUACUCUUGUAAACACGAAGAACUGUGCUCUAGAAGAACACAAGUCAAUGAAGCACUGCUACAAGAAACUAUCAAUAAUCUCAACAAAGUGAGACAGCAAUCUUUGACUAAAAGAAGACAAGGGGAGCUGCUAGAGAGAAUCAUUGUGGAACUUGUUGAGUUUAUUUCUCCUAAAACUCCUAAGCCAGGAGAACUUGGAGGAAGGAUUUCUGGAUCAACAGCUUGGAGAAUUGCCAGGGGUGAAAUUGCUUCAGAGAGUAAAGAAGUUAUUUUUACUCCAACUGUAAAAGAAAAGAACGCUAAGCUUCUUCACCUCAGAUAUAAUAUUGUGGAAGAUUGUUACACACGAAUUUCCAAUAAUAAUGAAAAGAUUGAUGGUUGGGAGAAAGGCGUCUGGAAAAUGGACUCUCUGUUGAGAAAGGUUGAAUCAGACUGGGGAAUGGUUUAUUUAGCAAGAAAAGAAGGAUCAUUGCUGGGUUACAUCAGCUGGAAAUUUGAGUGUGGCUCAGUUGGUCUAAAAAUAGAAAGCAUUUCAGUCAGAACAAGCAGUCAGACAUUUCAGAGUGGAAGCGUAAGGUGGAUGCUGCGCUCUGGAAACACUGUAAUCGAUGUAUACGGAGAUAAAAGCCUUCACUGUUAUCCUGAUAUUUCCAAUGUAUCUGAUGUUAUCUUGGAAGCAGAACUAAGUGGAGGUGAUGGUGAUAUUGCAUGGCAACACACUCAGCUAUUUAGGCAAAGUUUAAAGGAAAAUGAAGAUUGUUUUGAGGCUAUUAUAACAUUCAGAGAUCUCUGAAGAUCUAACAAGAUAUUCAUAGAAGACAUCUGCAUUAAGCAAAAGGUUCUGGUGCAAACUGUGUUUUUUAAAAAACAUACAAACUCUUUUAGGAGGUCUUGCUCCAAACAUUGUGUUAUUCAUACAGCUAUUGAGAAGAAACAGAUUUUAUUAGUAUAAAACAUAAAGAAAUUGUGGGAUCUUAUAAUUAUUUCCACUAAAAUAUGCACUACAAGCUUAUUAAAGGAGAAACAGGUGCAGGAUUUUGCAUUCAGAAAGAAGGUAGAGUGCAGUCCUGUGGUCACUUAUUUGGGAGUACAUAGUACUGACUAAAAUAGGAUUUGAUGAAUAAAACCUUUAAGGACUUGGGCUGCAUGUUACUUAAAGUUAUGCUGGAAGAAAUAUUUUUAAUUCUGAAUGAAGAGUUUGGGAAUUUGAUUAUUUUAAGAAGAAUCAACCUCAUGUCAUGUUUAAGCUUUCUGUUUGCUCAUAACUUUAUAAUAUAAAAUUUAUUGCACUCAUAAUAUUAAAAUAAGGUGAUGAAACCAUGGAAUA